AUGUCAGUAUCUACAACAUCAUCAAAUUCAACUGAUUUACCAAUAAGGUUACCAUCAAUUAAUGAGUUGACAAGAAACAAUAAUCAAAGAUCAUCAUCAAUAUCAGCUAUUACAAAUUCAAUAAAAAGUACCAAUACAUCACCAAUUUCAACUUCUUUCACAAAUCAAAUAUCUCAAACUUCGCCAAGAGUUUCUUCUUCAGUUGGUUACAACAAUAGUAAUACUAAUACUUCAUUACCAAGUAUAAUACAACAAAAAGAAAUUUCAAAUAAUAAUGAUACCAAUAGUAAUAGUAUUCAAAAUAAUUUCAAAAUACCUUUAAUAACUUCAACUACACCUACAUCAAAUUAUACGUUUGCAAACAAUUCAACAAAUUCAAGUAUUAAUAACUUUAAUAAGUUACCAUCACCUGCAUUACCUUAUAAUAAUAAUCAAGAUUCAAAACAAAUAUUACCACCUCAAUUACCUUCAAUUUCUCAUCAAGUUAAUAGAUUAAAUGGUUCAAUUCCAAGUCCAAGUCAAUUAGCUAAUCAACAUAGAGGUUCUUAUUCAUCAUCAUCUUCUUCUUCAUCAGCUAGUCCAAUCUUUCAAAUUCAACAACAACAACAACAACACCAACAACAAUCUCCAAUAUCGUAUCCUCACAAUCAUCAACAAACAAAUAUAAGAGCUCCAAUUUCAUUACCACCUUACCCUUCUCAAUCUAAUCCUCACCAAAUACAACAACAACAACCACAAAACAUACUACCUCCUCCACCAACAACUGCAGGAUCACAUCAAUUAAAAAAUUCAUUUCCAGAAAUAAAUUAUAGACCAAUGAAUAAAUGUCAUAGAUGUGGAACAACAGAAACUCCAGAAUGGAGAAGAGGUCCUAAGGGGGUACGAACUUUAUGUAAUGCUUGUGGUUUAUAUCAUGCUAAAUUAGUUAAAAGAAAAGGUGCUUUAUUAGCUGCUGAAGAAGUUUUAAAUAAUAAGGUAACAAAAGGUAAAAAUGGUAGAAGAAUAAGUGUUAAAAAACAUAAUAAUAAUUUAAAUAAUGGGAAUCAUGGGGUUGAUCGUAUUGGUAUGAAUGUUUAUGGAAUACUUCCUCAACAACAUCAAAAUCAACAUCAACAUCAUCAUCAAUUUCAACCUCAACAACAACAACAUCCAAACUAUAAUCCAAUCCCACAACCUCCACAACAACAACAAUCAAAUUAUAAUCCAAUUAAAUUUUCAUUACCUCCACCAAUCCCUUAUAAUCAUAAUACAUCACAUCCUCAUAUCAUACCUACAUUUCCUUUAAUUCGUCAUUAA